UGUGUUGGUGCUACCUAGAGUUUUCCGACGGCACCUGAAUGCGUCAGCCUCGCCUCGCUCAUACGGCGGGAGAUUUGAUUACACGCGACAUCAUCUUCAUCACAUAAUAUGCGAAUUGAAACCAAAAACAAUGAAUCAUGUGAGGAACAUAAAAGAAAUGCUGAGCAUCCCAACUGGAAGCAGGUGGUUAGCUAACACGAAUGUGGCCACCAGCGGCUACUCCAGUUGCACAGAUUCUCAGUUUUUCUUUGGGUCUCAGUUUUGGCCUGAAAAUUCACAAGGCACAUCUCAGGAUAUGAGUUUGUCAUCCAGGACCUCCCAACAAAGUUCACAAGAGGGGAGUGACCCAAAGUUUUCAAACAGUUAUCACACCAAACCUCUCCUGUUUGGAGAAUUUAAGGACAAAGCCAAAGCUUUUGGAUUACUGGAUAAAUUUGAGGAGGACAAGAAAAAGGCAAAAGAAAAAACUGACAGUGAUAUUUUAGCCAAAGAAUGUCUAAAUAUUCAAGAAACUCUCAACAAUAUCCAACAACUGGUCGCUGGCACAGAGAAAAACACUGCUGUGUGCCAAACAGUCCUUGAAAAGUUUAACAACUUUGCAUCAACAUCACAAAAUAAUCUCAGCAGUCUCCAGAGUGACAUUUCACAGCAGUUUGAGACUUUGCUAAAUAAAGUGAACUCCCAGAAAGAGGUGAUGACAGAACUGGAAGAAAGGGUGCAAAAGAGCGGAGACACAACUGCAGAACUUGCGUCAAGUGUGAAAAGCUUAAAAAAUAGUCUGGAGUGUCUGAGACAGGAGCAGGAAAGAGAACGAAGCAUGCUUGAAGAGGCCCUGAAGCUGCUCAACGCCUUAGUCUUAGAGCAUUCGGUUAAACCCAGUCCUGGGAAAGUAAUGGACUCUGCUAGUCAAACGUCACCAGUGCAGGACAACAAACUUGAAGGCACACAGUUUACAAGUACAUCAUACAACCUUGAACACAAUCUGGUUGAAGUUCCCCCUCAGGACUCCAGCUGCAUCAUCGGGAAAAGGAAAUCCACUUUGGGAGGCAUCAGGAGGAGGCGCAAAAAGAGACCGCUGGUGCUCUCACAGAGGAGUAAGCGCAUCGUCUCAGAUGAAAUCAGUCAACCUGUCAUGAACCGUCACAAACAACAAAAAGUUUCGAGACCUCUGUGUGAGCUUCAUGAUCAGAACAGGGUAACCAGCCGGGACAGUUUCAAACCAGACUGUCUAAUGCCACUGAACAGGGAGACCAGAUCCAGCAAAGCUGCAGGAUGUUUCAUCACCCCUCUCAGCUGCUGGUCUCAGGACAGUACCAGCUCUGCGUGCCUCACAGGAUUCGAGUCCAAAACGGAGACCCCGGUGAAACCUGAAAGCUUCUGGCAGUUGUUUGACAUGGAUUGUGAUUUUGAUAUAGGCUUUUAGAGGAUGACCAAAGGACUCAGAACGGUAGCAUUUGUUUUGUUAUUUCUGUGACUAGCAGAAUAAUAGACAAAAAAUAUUUUAGCUCUUGUGACCCAUGUUCUUAGUUUUCAAAGUAUUCAGUUUUUGAAGAGGGAACGUAUUUAUUUUUUUGUCUUAGAGUGUAGAAGCUGUGGAGAGCUGUAAGAAGGUAUCACACAAACCUUAAAAAACUUGUUCAAGUUUCUCUUUUUUCUGCGAACAUGAAAAAAGUACUGUUCCAGUCAGGCUUCUUUGCUGACUUUUUAAUUUAACUUAUUCUCAUUAACUUAUUCUGUAUUCAUUCUGAUGACUGAGCAUUGCAAAAUAAACAGAAACAUUCUGAAAACAAA